GCAGCUUAUGGCCAACUAAUCCCUGCUAUGUGUGACAAGACCCAGUGGCCUGAAUCUAACCAUGGAUUCUUCAUGCAUCCACCCUUGUUAAAAGCUGUAGCUGGUCGGCCCCAAACUGAGAGGCAUAAGGGUUGUGGUGAGAAAAAGAGGAAAAGUGGCCAGCACUUGUGCCCUAUUUGCAAGGAAUACGGGCACCAUUGGCAUAAGUGCAAGAAGGGUAACAAAGAUGACAUUGCUGCUUUCAUGGCUGUGAGAGAACCACCAAAGAAGAGGAGGAAGACUACUAAAACAUCCGAGUCAUCCAUUGUGCCAAGAGGUGAUGACGCGCCGACAGCCGCUAUGUAUUUUCCACCAAGCCAAAACUUGGAAACUACAACCAAGAGGAAGGGAAAGCAUAACCAAACAUUGGAGACUACAAACAAGAAAAAUGCAAAAGGGGGGAAAAGGGCCACAAGGAAGAUGGAGCUUGCUAAAAAGGAUCAAAACAAUCUGAUGGUUCCAUUUGACAGCCCUGCAAUGGGCACUAGAAGCAAAAGAGCUUACCCAACUAGCCCUGCAAUGGGCACAAGAAGCAAAAGGCGGCUCAGCUUGUGAACUCCAUCUAAUUUCUUUCACUUAAUGUCACUUUUGUUGCUGCUCAUGUCAUGUUGUGUGGACUUGGAGUAAGGUAUGUGAACCUGGGUAUGAUGUGAGCCACUUUUGGGUUGCUAAUAUGAUGUAUGUGUGGACUUGGAGUAAUGUAUGUGAAUCAGGGUAUGAUGUGAGCCACUUUUGGGUUGCUAAUAUGAUGUAUGUGUGGACUUGGAGUAAUGUAUGUGAACCUGGGUAUGAUGUGAGCCACUUUUGGGUUGCUAAUAUGAUGUAUGUGUGGACUUGGAGUAAUGUAUGUGAACCUGGGUAUGAUGUGAGCCACUUUUGGGUUGCUAAUAUGAUGUAUGUGUGGACUUGGAGUAAUGUAUGUGAACCUGGGUAGGAUGCGAGCCACUUUUGGGUUGCUAAUAUGAUGUAUGUGUGGACUUGGA